AUGCUGAGGUUUCACGAGGCGGCUAAGCGUGGCAGCGGAGCAGCAGCUGUUUCCGCUGCGCGCCCAACAGCCCUGAUGGCCACAAGGUACCUGCUUGGACAGAAGCUUGGCAGUGGGAGUUUUGGAACUGUCUAUCUGGUGUCAGACAAGGAGGCCACGCAGGGGGAGGAGCUCAAGGUAUUGAAAGAAAUAUCUAUUGGAGAACUAAAUCCAAAUGAGACUGUGCAGGCCAGUGUGGAAGCCCAGCUUCUCUCCAAGCUGGACCACCCAGCCAUUGUCAAGUUCUAUGCCAGCUUCGUGGAGCGAGGGAACUUCUGUAUCAUCACGGAGUACUGUGAGGGCCGAGAUCUGGACUGUAAAAUUCAAGAAUAUAAAGAAGCUGGGAUAAUCUUUCCUGAAAAUCAAAUAAUAGAAUGGUUUAGCCAGCUGUUGCUGGGAGUUGACUACAUGCACGGGAGGAGGAUACUUCAUCGAGACUUGAAGUCAAAAAACAUAUUUUUGAAAAAUAAUCGACUUAAAAUUGGGGAUUUUGGAGUGUCUCGGCUUCUAAUGGGAUCCUGUGACCUGGCCACAACUCUCACUGGAACUCCACACUACAUGAGUCCUGAAGUUCUGAGGCACCAAGGCUAUGACACCAAGUCAGACAUCUGGUCGCUGGCGUGCAUUUUAUACGAGAUGUGCUGCCUGAGUCAUGCAUUCACCGGCUCGAAUUUCCUGUCCAUCGUCUUCAACAUCGUGGAGGGCGACACGCCUUCCCUCCCGGAGAGCCAUCCAAGAGAACUAAACGCCAUCAUGAAAAGCAUGUUGAACAAGAAUCCAUGCUUGAGGCCGUCAGCUAUGGAAGUUUUGAAAAGCCCCUAUAUCGAUGAACAGCUGCAGCACUUAAAGUGUAGAUAUGCAGAAAUGGCUGCAGUAAACAAGAACCUACACUGUCAGGAGGAGGCUGCUCAUGUAAUUAAUGCUGUAAAAAUCGUGGGAGAAAAGCAUGAAGGAAGUACGAUGCGAAGGGAAGAACCUCGGCGCUUCCGGCAGCUGAGGACUGGCGCGCUCCGUGGUUUUGAGCAAUUGACUUCAGAGAAGCUGACGGCGUCUCAGCCUCUUCCUUGCCUGGGCCUCGGUGAAGUUGAGUCAGGCAUAGAGGACACCCUAGUUGACGUUGGACAUCAUGAGAUUCCAGAAGACCCGCUUGUGGCUGAAGAGUAUUAUACUGAUGUAUUUGAUUCCUGUUCUGAAGAAAGUGAGGAGCAGGAAGAAGACAUCCUGUUCUCAGGACCAGACAGAGAGACCAAGGACUGUAACAGAACAAACCAACAGGACAGUGAUAUGGAAGCCUUGAUCAGGUGUUUGGAAAACGUUCUGGGGUGCUCGUCUCUAGGCACAAGGACCAUCGUCAGCACAGCAGCAGACACGUACCCAGGACCCACAGUGUUCAACAGUGCCAUGGCCAGGACCAAGAUGCAGCACAUGAGACAAUCAGCCAAGCAGAAGUUGGGAGCAGAAGUUUUUGAGCAAGUCUACACUUACCUCAAGAGAGCAAGGCGUGAGAACGCCAGCGAAGCAGAGAUCCGGGACCGUCUGGAAAUGAUGGUGCCACGGGCUAGCGACUGUUUUGAAGUUGACCAGCUCCUCUACUUUGAGGAGCAAUUACGAAUCACCGUUGGGAAAGAUUCCACCUUUUAG